AUGCAUGUUUUGUUUGGCUCGGGGGGCCACGAUGCCAAUGACAACGACAGUGAGAAUGAAGAUGAUGUUUCAGAAGCGUACUGGCCAUCUCACGCGCUAAGCAUCGCAGAGAUUCAAGACGUGGUAGGACGGUUUGCUCGCGCGGCGAAACGAGCGGUCUUCGACGCCGGGUUCGACGGUGUCGAGAUCCACGGUGGGAAUGGGUAUUUAGUGGACUCGUUCACGCACGACAGCAUCAACACCCGAGACGACGAGUAUGGCGGGUGCUUGCGAAUCGGAUCCGGUUUGCCUUGGAGGUCGUGGAUGCGGUUGUACAGGCCGUCGGACGUAGUCGGACGGCGAUUCGUCUAG